AUGUCAGCGAGCUCAUUCCUGACCGUGCGGGUCAGCGCGUUUCAACACACUCCCUCGAGCAAAGCAAGCGAGGGCUCACCAUCAGCAAAAGGCGGGCGAGAAUAUCUAGCAAUACAUACAAAUAGAAUACUUACCAGCCUUGUAUGUGCUCGCCAGGCAUACGACGUACAGCGAUCUUCAUCAACUUCUCGGUUCCAACUCCUUGGCUCCAGGUUCAAUCGGUGCUCUCGACAAGCGGUUCUUCGGUUUGGCGGUGCUCUCGGCGAGCGGUUUGGGUAUGGCAGUUCAACAGUGCUCUUGGUGAGCAAUUCAGCGGUUCAACGGUUCAGUGGUUCAACAUUCGACGGCAGGGUUCGAUCGGGUCCGCGUCAGGGUUCGGCAAUCAUACAGGGUCGAUUGAGAUGGCUUCGGCCCCAUCCAGGCAAGCGGGUCGGCAGCGACGGCAGCGGGAAUAUUCUGCGGCGCAGCGGCAACCAGCAGAGCGUCAACAGCGACGGCAUGUGCACGGGAUUCGGCGACACAGCGAGUGGCGGGCUUCAAGCUGCCCCCAGAGCCUUGCUAGCGAUGCCCGUCGUUUUAUACUACAAUAGGGGCCUCCGGUCCCCGGCUACUCACGCGCCCGAGCUUGCGAGUUUGUUCCUGACCGUGCAGGUCAGCACGUUUCAACAUCCCCCCGUAUCCGCACCCCACCACUGCAAAAAGGGGGUCUGGGGCAGUUAG